ACUAUUUGACAUCAGCAGAGCAUUGUUUAAGAGUAGUAAUUAGAGAUUGACAUACGAACUUUCUUAUUCGGGUUACAAUAAAAUCGAAAAAUGUGGACGAUUAUCGAUGUUAGGAUGUCUUAGAUACCAACCUCAAAACUUUAACCAAGCUUAGUAGCGUCCAUGAAUAAAAUACAAAGUAAAUGAGAAUGAGAUAUACAAAGUAGUUUAAAUACGACCCUGCUUUUUUAAACCCCUUCCCUCCAAUUUCUUCUUAUAGUUCUCGGCACUUCAUCUUCUUCCAUCUUCUAGUGCGAGAUUGACGUUCUCCUUUGCUAACUGCAUCUUAAUCUGAAUUACAAUCUGAACCAAUUUCAGUCAUUUAAACUCUAAAAAGACAAAACGAACAACGCCGCAUCAGCUGCCAGAAGAUGUAGAUGACAUGAUCGACAUGGACUUCCUGUUGUCGCCCCCAUUCAUUGUUGAAGAAACCUUGCAGCAGGAUCCUGAGGACACUGCAGACAAAAACGCCCAUCUCAAUGUGAAACAAAAUCCACAACAAAAUCAGAUUACAAGUAUGAACCAAACUACAGAAAUCCCGCGAACAAGGAAGCCACAGAAGCUGCCAGAAAAGAAAGAUGAUUUCAUGAACUCAAUGUUCUCACCCAUGACAAAAGCCACUUCUAGGACUUCUCAUCAGCAAUCAUCUGGUGCCUGCCUCAUCUCUGCUAAACCACCCCAAAGUUUAUCUACAGAAACUGAUAAGAAAAGGAACGCAUCAUUUGUUUCAGAUCCUAAAGAAAUGUCACAUCCUAAGCCCAUAAUCAAUACAGUUGAUUCACCUUCACCUCCAAAUACACCAACUUCUCCAGCAAAGAAAAGAGAAAUGCCACAUCCUAAGCCCAUAAUCAAUACAGUUGAUUCACCUUCACCUCCAAAUACACCAACUUCUCCAGCAAAGGAAAGAGAAAUGCCACAUCCUAAGCCCAUAAUCAAUACAGUUGAUUCACCUUCACCUCCAAUUACACCAACUUCUCCAGCAAAGGAAAGAGAAAUGCCACAUCCUAAGCCCAUAAUCAAUACAGUUUAUACACCUUCACCUCCAAUUACACCAACUUCUCCAGCAAAGGAAAUUGGGAAACCUGCUAUGUCUGUUUCACCAACGAACUUUCAAGCGAGCAAUGCUCAAUGUGAGACUGAGGUACAAGACACGGAGCUUGACAUUGAAACACCUAGAGUACUAGCUUCUCCCUUGCCUUCUGAUUUCAGUGGCCCAGGAAACAACCAGCUUCCACAUUGCGCGCACUUAGCUCAAGCAGUUCAGAUGAUUUAUAUGGAAGCUCUGAGGAGUUCCAUGGAUGACAUUGCCCCGGCCAUGAGUGCUGUGAAUAAUUUGCCCACGUAUGCAAAUGAUGUUGAUUCACCAGCAGUAUCUUAUUGUACUGGCGAUGAAUACACAUCCUGUAAAAAAAUGAAAUAUGACAUAGAUUCAGUGAGAGGGGUUAAGUCGGCCUUGGAUAAUUAUGGUUCCUGCAGUAAAAAUCUGAGAAAGGAGGUCAACAACGAUUUAAUGGAUGAAAUCAGACAAACAAACCAGAGACUUAUUGAGACAGUGCUAAAAGUAGAUUGUGAUUCUGAUUCUAGUAACGAGACUGUCAUCAAAUGUACCUAUAAACCUGUGUCCUGCAGUGGAAGUUUUAUGAGACAAUUUGGAUUUAUGGAAUCAAUCUUGACUCUUUCAAUCAAGAUCCUUGUUCCUUUUAACUACCCUAAUACUCCUCUUAAGAUCUUAGACAGGGUACCUGACGGAUGCUGCAAAGAGACUAAAGACUUGACGGAGAGGGCAAGAGCUAUAUUUGACAGGUGUGUUAGAUGUCUUGAUUCACUAGGACUAGGAGACAUGGCUCGAGCUUGGGAUGAUAGUGCUCGAUCUGUUAUUUCUGACUAUAUCCUUGGUCUUGGAGGAGAAUCUUUCAGCUCUAAGUAUGGCAUCUGGGAGUGUGUUCCACCAGAUUGAUGAAAUUCUAUGUAGGAAAACAAAAGUGAGGAGCUCUCAUUCUGCUGCUGGUUGAGGGGCUUGAGGCUAUUAUACUAGUAGGAUAUUACUGCCUUGUUUCUAUCUUGUGAAAAAGAGUAAAUACUUGAUGUAAAUAUACACAUAAUAAGGUAGGCCAAUCACUUUGCUUCUAAAUAAAACUAGGACAUGCAUCAUGUAUUCAUGUAUCUUAAUUGACUAUGGUGGUUAAACUUGUCAAUGUGAUUAUAAUAGUUUUAACAAAAGUAUAUUGUUUCUUA